GCAAAAGCGGGAAAAGCGGCAAAAGCGAGUGGUGUGUUCUGCAAGACGGAGCGUGAAGUGCGGCAUUGUUUGCAUUUUAUUUUUCAGUUUGCAUUUUGUUUUGUUUUUGUUUUUGUAUUGUGUUUGCCUAAAUAUGCGGAUAAAUAUGCGGAAAACCUAAUCUGGCCAAAAAUCGUAACAAUAAGCGACGUCAACUGGCUAAGCAUAUCGAUUACAUCGAGCGUUUGUACAUAUGUGACACUUUUCCGCGGCGCAAAAACAGGUUGCCAUUACGGCCAUUAACUACUGGCCAUAAGCCACCUAGGGCACCUGGUUCACCUGUUGGCCAGUUCACCUGGAUCCCUGGAUCGCCUCUUUUCCAUUUCGGAUUUUUCAAUAAAGAAAGCGCGGAGAAAAGCUGAUAGGUCUGCGCGAAAGGAGCGAAUCCGCGACAGCGGAGCAGGCGGAGGGCAGCGAUCCAGUCCGCUCCAAGAUCCCUCAUCCAACCCUGAUCGAGAACCAGGAUGUCGGACAUCUACUACUGCAGCAACAGCCAGAUGAAAAAAUCGCGCGACGCGGAUAAAUCAUCCGCCCCGUUGUCGGCCACCAAUACCAAUGCAAAUGCUGCCAAUAUGGCGGCCGCUGAUAAGAAGAACAACAACAACAACUGCAGCAAUCGCAACAAAGAGAAGAGCAUGCAGACGAACGGUAAAAAUUGGAAGGGCAUUGUCCAGAGCAAUCCCAAUCCAAAUGGAAUGGGCGUGGGCACCACCGCCCAGCCGCCGAAGGUUUUCCACAACACCCGAUGCACGAGGCACCACAAACCGCACCACAGUCACGGCAAUGGAACGGCAGCUUCCGCGGGAUUGGGAGGAUUGGGUGGUUUAGGAGGCGGCGGAGGAGUGCCCACCUCCAAUGGAGCAGCACUGGAGGCCACACAGCAGCGGGAAAGAGACAGGGAAAGGGAAAGGGAAAGAGACAGAGAUCGGGAAAGAGACAGAGAGCGGGAACAUCACCUUCACAUGCACCAGCACAACCAUGGCCUGCGCAGAAAAUCCGAGUCCGUCCUGUCCACCGACUCGGAUAUCCGCUUCACCCGCCGGAAACUGGGCGAUGGCCAAAAGUGCGGAUGCGCCGUCAUCGCCGGAUUCCUAAUCGCCCUCCUCGUCGCCGGAGUCUUUGUCUAUGUGGGAUAUACCUAUUUCCGGCCCGAACCGCUGCCGGAUCGCGUCUUUCGCGGCCGGUUCAUGGUGCUCAACGACAAGUGGAACAUGGAGCUGGCCAACCAGAACUCGAUGCGGUUCCAGCACAAGGCCCGCGACUACCGGGAGCGCAUCAAUCUCACCCUGCGGCGAUCCGACCUGCGGGAGGCCUUCGAGGGCAGCGAGAUCUUGGCACUGGAUGGCAGCGAGGACAACAACAACAUAGUCGUGCACUUCAACAUGAUCUUCGAUCCGUACGCCGGUCUGGUGAGCAGCGGCGACCUGCUGGCCCUCUUCCACGAGGAGAUGACCCAGCCGGCGCAGCAGCGGCGCCACUUCGCCAACAUGACCGUGGACGUGGCGAGUCUGAGCAUCAAGGAGACGACCGGGCUGAUCGAGGAGCCCGUGAUGUCCAGCUCCCCGCUGGGCGGUCACGACGAGACCACCGAGCCGGUGGUGACCACCACCCCGGCUCCGCCGCGUCGCUGCUCGCCGCUGGAGCUGACCUACUGCCGCCAGCUGGGCUACAACAUCACCACCUAUCCGAAUCUCCUCGGCCACGCCAGCUACGCCCAGCUGGCGGAGGAUGUGAUCGUGUUCCGGGAACUGGUGGACGGGGAGUGCCAUCGCGAGGCCUACGACUUCGUGUGCCGCCUGCUCCAGCCGCCCUGCGACACCCACGGCUCCGAUCUGCAGCCCACUCCCGGCCAGAUCUGCCGCGAGUACUGCGAGUCCUUCAUGGCCGGAUGCGGCGGUCGGCUGCCGCAGCGCUUCCGCCAGUUCUUCGACUGCGAACGCUUCCCGGAGUCCACGGGCACCCAGUCGUGCCACCAGAAGCCCCACUGCGUCAGCGACAUGCAGUCCAAUGUCCAGAGUCCGCGUCUCUGCGACGGCUAUGCCGACUGCCCUGACCUCUCCGACGAGCGCAGCUGCGCCUUCUGCUCGCCCAACGCCCUCUACUGUGGGCGUGGCCGGGCCUGUGUGCCGCGCAAGGCGCGAUGCGACGGCAAGGCGGACUGCCCGGAUGGCGCCGACGAGAAGGAUUGCUUAUCCAUAGCCCCGCUGGCGGCCGAUCUGCUGCAGCCGGAGCCCCUGGUUCCGUACCUCUCCCGCUUCCAUGCCGCCGGCUACGCGGUCUUCUCCGAAAAGGGGGUGGUGGGCAAGCUGUGCGCCGAGGGUCUCGAGGGCGAUGCCAAGCUGGUGGUGCGCCAAACGGUCUCCGAGUCGCUGUGCAAGUCCCUGGGCUACGAAUCCGUGGAGAUCUUCGAUGUGCAGAACGACACGGAGCAGCUGAGCGACUACGUGCGUGUUUUGGAUCCCCAUGCCCCCGAGAUCAGCUUCAUCCGGACGCACUGCCCCCGGCGGCAGGUGCUCUACGUGGGCUGCGGGGAGCUGCGCUGCGGCGUCCAGUCGGCGCUCUUCAAUGCCAAGCAGCAUUUGUCGCUGCCCAAGAUGUCGGCUCCGGGGGAUUGGCCCUGGCUGGUGGCCCUCUUCCGCGAGGACAUCCACGUCUGCGACGGCACGUUGAUCUCGCAGGACUGGGUCCUCACCACCGAGGGCUGUUUCCAGGGCCAGCCGCGUGCCACCUGGAUGGCCAUCGUGGGCGCCGUCCGUCUGUCUGCCAAAGCUCCCUGGACGCAGCGGCGUCGCAUCAUCGGCAUGAUCAAGAGUCCGGUGGAGGGCUCCACGGCGGCCCUGGUUCGCCUGGAGACCUCGGUCAGCUACUCGGAUCAUGUGCGUCCCAUUUGCCUGCCGGAUGCUCUGCAGCGACGCCUCCUCCAGCAGCCGCCGGCCCAAAGGAGAUCUCAUGUCCCGGUGGCCGAGCGACUGGAGGGACAGCAUCUGCAGCAGCAUCGCAGUCGCUUGGCCCAGGAGAACCAGCAGUUCUUCUUGAUUCCCUCGCAGGAGCAGCUGGACAGCUCCACGGAGAACCGAGAGGGGGUGGAGGGGGAGGAGGAACAGGAACAGGAUGAUCACUUUGGAGCCCAGGCAGCCGCCUCGUAUAUGCCCAAGGCGGAGGCUCUGCACCAGGAACUGGAUGCCUAUCCCCUGCCGGAUCAUGCGCCGCAGGUUAACUACUACAGCUCCUCCUCCACCGUCACAUCCUCCUCCUUGACCGCCCGCACAAAGGCCGCCACCAAGGCGCCCCUUCUGCCGGCUGUUCCGGCUGCCCAGGAGCAGAUCUGGACGAACUGCAAUACGCUGGGUUGGUCCCGGCAGCGGGAUCACCUGCAGCGCGUCCAGCUGAAGAUGGGCGACAUGGCGCCCUGCGAGAACGUGUCCAUCGCCACCGUGAACUCCAUGUGCAUGGAAGCCACCUACCAGAAGUACGACUGCACGCAAGAGGAGUACUCGGGAGCACCCGUCCAGUGCCUGAUACCGGGCACGAAUCAAUGGGCCCUGAUCGGAGUCUCGUCCUGGCGGAUCGCCUGCGGACCAACGGGCGUGGAGCGGCCCAGGAUGUACGACAAGAUCGCCUCGAAUGCCGCCUGGAUCCGCGAGACGAUCAGCGCGAUAUAGUCGGCAUAGUCCCCGGGGGCGGCGACACGCCCCUCCCUCAGCAUUUGUGUAGAAAACGGAACCGAACUCACUGGGUAUUAUGUGUGUAGCAAAGCAAAGCGACCAAUUAAGCAUAUGUAACUAACCUGCUCUAAUGUUACUCGAACCUAACC